AUGGCAGUCUCUCUUUCCGUCUUCCACCCCACCAUGGCGCACCGGCGUAUCCUUUGGAACGUAUUCGAAGAGAAUGUAAUUCCGGUCGUGAUGAUCUUCCACAAACCAUCUAUCCGUGAUAUCAUGGCCAGUGUAGCUGCGGAUGGGAGUGGCAUCGACCGGGCCUUGGAAGCUGUAAUCUUCGCCGUCUACUUUGCCGCUGUCACUAGCAUGGAUCCAGAGCAGUGCGCAGAAACAUUGGGCGAGGAUCAUUCGUACCUCCAGCAACACUACCGCACGACUCUUUUCCUAACUUGUCUUCGAGCCCCGGAAGACGCUGCCUUCGUCUGGACCAUGACUGCGGCGGUCCAUCGUAUGGCACAGGGACUAGGGCUCCAUCGCGAUGGUACCUACUUUGGCUUGAGCCCCUUUGAGGUCGAAAUACGACGCCGGCUAUGGUGGUCCAUCUACUUGCUAGACUCUCGAUCGUCCGAGUUCCGCGCUAUCGGCCCGCAAAUCACCGAGCACUCUUACGACACCAGGCUACCGCUGAAUAUUGACGAUUCAGCUCUAUCGCCCGAUUCGAUCGAAGCUCCAGAAGAAAAGGUGGGCUUCACCGAGAUGACAUUCUGCUUGGCCCGGUGUGAAAUGAUAGUGCGUCAUCGACGGUUUCACCUCAAUAUUCACAGUGGCACCAGCAGUAGCCAAGGCGAACAGACCUCACAUCAAUUGGGGGAACGGAUGCACGCGUUGGAACAAAUAAGCGGCCAACUGCAGGACCGGUAUUUACGGUCAUGCGACGUCUCUGUUCCCAUACAGUGGGUGACAGCUACGGUCAUCCGGCUCGCUCUCGCCCGUUCGUGGUUGAUUGCUCACCUCCCGGAGAGGGUGACUGCAGAGGAAAUAACGCUAAGGGGAACCUCAUCUGUUCAAGAUCCUACGCGAGAGCAGCUCUUUCAAACCGCGGUUGAAGUGUUGGAGUUUGCAUAUCUACUCGACACAGAUCCUCGAACCAAACAGUGGUCGUGGUUCUUCGAAAGCUAUCCGCAAUGGCACUCGGUAGUGUUCGUGCUAUCAGAACUUUGUGCUCGGCCACGGACCAUCCUGACUGAUCGGGCCUGGGCAGUGACAGUCAGGGCAGUCGCACGGUGGACAAACACAGACUUCCGAAAGGGCGGGAUCACCCUGAAGAUCAUUCUCCAGCUUAUGGAGCAAGCUGCUACUGCACAUGGGCGUGUCUGGGCAGGGAUAGGGACUCAAACCAGUCCAUUGUCUGGUGUCUCGCAAGAGAGCGACGGUCAGAUGCUGUAUCCGUCUUGA